CAUGCAGGAUGCAGAUGUACGGAAGUGUAAACCUCGAACUCGCCCUCACUGUGGCAGCUGUACUCUACGGGUACACGGCAGCGGAAGACUGUUCCACAGAAGUCUGCAGUUAUUGGAACAUAUUGGACACGUUCAAGUUUUUCAUCUUGGAUGCCACUUCCGACCAGCAGCUGGAUCUGAGCUGCUUGACUGUUAAAAAAAAUGGGCGUACACAUAAACUAAUAACUACCGAUUCCACGACUGAAGAGAGCAUUCACGCCUCCUACAAGGCCAAGUACAUCAACAACGACGACGGCGAACCACGAGACGGAAAUGUGAGCAUAACUGCUCAAGGCAAGAUUUACGCUACAUGGAACAGCGGAAAUGUCAGCGAAAGCUUGAAGCUCGGUGUGCGUUUCCACUACACAAACAGCUGUUUUGUGCUUGAGCAAUUCCCACAAGAUAAUUCAGAUUCAAAAUACUACCUCUUCAGAAGUGUUAAUGCGACGGACACCGACUACGAACAGUGCUUGAAGAAGCUAGAGGAAUACACCGGCGAAAACGUCAUAUCGACGUACGAACGUCGCUACUGCUAUCCACUUGUUGAGAAGUUGGAAGAGGAGACCAAGUUUGACUUCUUUUGAAUACCGCCUAAUAAAUUCUGCAGCAUUCACGGACAAUCUUAGA